AUGCAAUCCUAUUUGGACACUGUUCUCACGAUUGUGUCGUCUCUAAAACUGGCUCAUGAAGAAAUUUCUGAACAAGAUAUUAUUCUCUGCGUUCUUCGCGGUCUACCGACUGACUAUGCCUCCCUCAAGCAAAAUAUUCGCACCAAUAUUGCCACCGUCACGUUUAAUCAGGUCUCCUCUUGGUUGUUGUCCGAAGAAUUGAACUUAUCUUUUGAGAAAAAAUUAUCUCUGGGUGACUCCGGCUCUACUUCGUCCGUUGACAUUCAUAAUGCACUUUUCACUAAUUCCGGACGAGGCAAUGGUAGAGGUCGUGGCCGAGGACCACCGCGAGGCCGAGGAGGGCCUUACCGCGGCAGUCAACCCGGCGGUAGAGGCGGACGGCAGCCGCAGUACCGUGACGACGCCCGCGGCAGAGGAGGUGGCCGAGGGGUGUCCGUCACCUGCCAGCUGUGUGGGAAACCUGGCCAUGCGGUCUGGAGUUGUUGGCACCGCUACGGCGACUCAUACACUGGUCCUCCGCAGGCGUAUUAUGCAAAUCAAUCCGCUGAAUCUGGUUCGAAUUGGCACCUGGACACUGGCGCAAACACUCAUGUCACGUCUGUUCUAUCUCGGCUGAAUUCUAUGUCACCAUAUCAUGGCACCAACUCCAUCACAACUGCGGGAGGUAACACAUAUCCUAUUGACCAUACAGGCUCAG